UAGACGUAGGACCUCGAAACCGAGAGGGCAUUUCAAAUUUUCAAAACAUCCCAGUCAUGGAUUUCGAGGGGGAAAAAACAAAACCUGACAAGGAGUCCUCAAUUAACGAUACAAUUAUAUCUGCCGAUGUACCCAAGCCACCAUCAAUCGAAGACUUCAUCGUGGUAAAGCCUAUCAGUCGCGGAGCUUUUGGUAAGGUCUAUCUCGCAAGAAAGAAAUGCAACUCACGGUUGUACGCAAUAAAGGUCGUAAACAAGGCCGACAUGGUUGAUAAAAAUAUGACAGAGCAGAUGAGGGCAGAGCGAGAUGCUUUGGCCCUCAGCAAAAGUCCUUUUGUGGUGCACUUGUUCUACUCCUUGCAAACAGCAACUAAAGUAUAUUUGGUGAUGGAAUAUCUGAUUGGAGGUGAUGUGAAAUCAUUACUUCAUAUUUAUGGAUAUUUCGAUGAAGACAUGUCUCUGAAGUUUAUAUCAGAGGUUGCACUUGCUUUGGAUUAUCUUCAUCGCCAUGGAAUAAUUCACAGGGACCUGAAACCUGACAACAUGUUGAUCUCUAACGAAGGACACAUCAAGCUUACAGACUUUGGUCUCUCAAAGGUUAAGAUGGAAAGAGAGCUAAGCCUGACAGAUAUUCUUACCACACCCUCCUUGGCAAAGCCAAAUAAAGCUUAUUUUCGGACACCUGGUCAAGUGCUGUCACUGAUCAGCUCUCUUGGACUUAACACUCCAUUGAUGGAAGGAAAACGCCACUGCAGCCUGUCAGCUGUGUCCAGCUCCAAGACAUGCGGGAAGCUGGAGACGCGGAAAACCUCGCUCGGCUCCCCUCGUGAGAGGAGGAGGAACAGCUUCAGUUCCCCCAUUUGCUCCACACGAGCCUUAGGACGCAGCAGUAUGUUCAGUGCAGGAAUGUUGGCCAAAAGUCUCACCCCCAAGCUGAUGAAGUCCAGACAACGCUGUGACACACAGAGCACUGGGAGCAACCAGUCAUGCAUCUGUCCCUCUGCCACAGACUCUGAAAGCUGCAUCAGCCCUCUGUGGGAAGACUUGGAAUGCCAAGAAUCUCAGAACAUGCCUCCUGAGGAAGGUAAAGAUCAGCUGAACAUAGCUGGGAAGAUUGACACCCCCCUUGCAUCAUCAGAGCGAAUUCCUGGGCGCGACAAUGCUCUCAUGUCAUUUGGCAACCAGGACCUCAGGGCACACCCAGUCAGAGGACAGCUAGACUUUGCCUCUGCAGGGCCAAUCCAGGGAAAAAUCAACAUCUCGACAGGCAAGAGGCUCCAGUUCGACAAGGAGGACUGCAGCCCUGUUAACCCAGCAGGAUGUGCUCAUUGGAGAGCCGGUGUAUGCACUCCUGUUCCUAGCCUGCGUGGGGCCAUCCAACCUUCCGUGAAGUCAGCCAAGCGGAAUUUUGAGGAGGUGGACCGGAGCCCUGAGGCCAUGGGGCUGCAAGCCAAAAGGGGCGACACGGACUUCCAGCGAAGCUCACGGGUGCCUGGGGAGGAGGACGGGAGGUACAGCACAGGACUGACAGGGCUCUUCUCCACUGUGGGGCUAGGGGUGCGCCAGGGUGGGUCAGGAGGCCAGAGGGAGACAAAGAGGCCCGGGCCGACCCAGUCCAGCUCAGCCGAGGUGGCCAAGAACCUGCUUUGUGAGCUGGAGGACCCUGGGGAGGAGGCAGUUGCCGCCGCAGCUGCCGAGUCGAGCUUUUCCUCCUCGUUCAGCGACGCCCAAGAUGUGCACAGGAACCUGAGCUUAGAUUCUGAGAGCUCGGCCCACGACAUGUCCAUCAUCGGUUCCGACCCAUUCGUGCCACCUCCAGUCGAGAGCCCUAAAGAAGCACUUUCCUCAUCGCUGGAGGAGCUGGACGACCACGACCUCUCGGCCUGCUUCCCCCUGGCGGCCACUGGCCCUGCCUCUAAUCCCCCGAUCACCGUGCCCACGUCCGGGGCUGGCUCCGGCUUCCUGUUCCAGCGGCAGCUCCUCGGUCAGUCCAGUAGCGGCGCCAAGUCGCCGUCCUUCCUGCGGCCACGGAACGUGGUGGCCUUCCGCAGCUACUGCAGCUCCAUCAAUCGCUCCAGCCUGUCCUGCUGCUCGCGCCUCAGCCUCGGCUCAGUGGAGCCCAUGGAGACGUCCGCCUGUACCUCCUUUCUCAGCUCCGUCAUGACGCCUGUCCAGAAGAAAAGGCCCAGCUUCGGGAGUUCUGUGCAGCAGACUCCAACCCCGAUGGCCAUGGUGCACACCCCCUUCAGGACCCCCAAGAGUGUUCGUAGGGGUCCGGAGCCCGUGCAGAGUGCCCCAAUUUUGGGCACCCCGGAUUACCUGGCCCCUGAGCUGCUCUUGGGAAAACCACAUGAUGUUAUGGUCGAUUGGUGGGCACUUGGGGUCUGCCUGUUUGAGUUCCUCACAGGAAUCCCUCCGUUUAAUGACGAGAGCCCCCAGCUGGUGUUCCAGAACAUUCUGAACAGAGACAUCCCUUGGCCUGAUGCCGAAGAGGAGAUAUCCCACAAUGCUAGAGAUGCCAUAGAGAUUUUGCUACACAUGGACAUGACCAAACGUGCAGGCCUGAAAGAGCUCAAGGUGCACCCCUUCUUUGAGGGUUUGGACUGGGACAACCUGCAGAACCAGAAGAUGCCUUUUAUCCCACAGCCUGAAGACGAGACGGACACAUCCUACUUUGAUGCCAGGAACACUGCUCAGCACCUUGCCCUCUCAGGGUUCAGUAUGUAGGGGAUAGCCUGGGCUGGAUGUCUGGUACUCUUUCUUUUCUAGUCUCUGAUCACGUGCACACCUAUUCAGCAUUAUUUUAAGACAAAGCACACCUAUCUGUAUACAUUUAAAUAUGGGUAGUGUAUUCUGAUGAAGGUUGUGUUCACUCAGAAGAAGCAUUAUAAAACAUGGUUUGUUAAAAAUGGCACGUUGUAUAUAUUUUCUUAGUGAGAGAAAAUUAAUUUUAAUAUAUCUAUUUUAAUAUAUAUAAUGGUGCUCGUUGAGAUCGUAUGUUGCUCGUUGCAUGGUUUUGUUUUCCUAAAUGUAUUUUUAGAGCAUUACUUUUUCUUUUCCUUCAAAAUUAUUUGUGGAUCCCUAUACUGUAUUCAUAUAUCCAUUUGGAUAAAGUCUUAAAACACUUAUUUGACUGUUUUAUGACAUGUAAGUGCUUGAGAAAUAAUGCUUACAAAUAAAAAUGGACAACUAAUGGUAAA